AUGUCCGUCACGCUACACACCAACCUCGGUGACCUCAAAAUCGAAGUCUUCUGUGAAAGUGUGCCCAAGACUGCAGAGAACUUCCUCGCCCUCUGCGCAUCCGGCUACUACAAUGGCUCUCUCUUCCACCGCCUCAUCCCGCACUUCAUGAUCCAAACCGGCGCGCCCCCCUCGCAACCCAAAGGCGGUGUCUCCAUCUGGGAGUCCCCUUUUGAAGACGAGAUCCGGCCCUCGCUCCGCCACCAUGCGCGCGGUAUCGUCAGCAUGGCGAAUAAGGGACCAGGUACAAAUGGCAGCCAGUUCUUCAUAUGUUUUGACAAGGCACCGCAUCUGGAUGGCAAGAAUACGGUGUUUGGGCAUGUGAUUGGGGAUGAGGGAUUGGUGACGUUGGAGAAGAUGGAAGAGGUCGCUGUGGAUAAGAAGAAUAGACCUAAAGAGGAGAUUAAGAUUGAGAGGGUGACCAUCCAUGCCAAUCCUUUGGCUGGUUGA